CAUGAAAGUGACAAUAACGUUGUGCUCAGCAUUUUUAAUGCUGCUCUGUGUGAGCGUAUCCGCUGAUAGAUCGCAUGAACGCCCAGGUUUAGUCAUCAACGAAUCGGGCCUCUCUAUACAUGGCUUCAGACCAGAAGGGUCCUCAGAGGAAGCUUCUGAAGCACAUGGACACAGACCAACUAAACCAGAAAGGCCCCCAAAGAAAACUUCUGAAGCACCCGGACACAGACCAACUAAACCAGAAGGGCCCACAGAGGAUACUUCUGAAGCACCUGAAUACAGACCAACUCAACCAGAAGGACCCACAGAGGAAACUUCUGAAGCACCUGAACACAGACCAACUAAACCAGAAGGUCCUCCAAAGAAAACUUCUAAAGCACCUGGACACAGACCAACGCCUCCUAAGCCAGAAAGGCCCACAGAGGAAACUACUCCCCAACCAGAAUCAACAACUGUUGAACCUUAG